AUGGUGACAAUGCGGAUGCUGCUGCUCAAGGCAUUGGACGUGGUCGUGGCCUUCCACGUGGCGUUAAUCGCGGCUUUGCUGAAAUUGGAGCCCGCCGUGUUCCUCCACAGCCGCAAGACGAUGGUUUGGAAGGCUCUCAACGCCCCUCGAUUUCUUUCUCCCACAGUCAGAACGCAAUUCCUAUUGAAUCCUAGCCGAGCACAUCGACGGAAGAGGCGGUGGCGGCCGCGGCCGCGGCCUCAGCGCCGCCCACCCCUCGAUUUACGCUGGGAAAGCAGUCUUCUAUGGCGUCUGACCACAGCAGCGGAGGCGGAGCACGGAGGGAUCGGAAGAAGCUGCCAGCAUCGCGAAUUUCCAGAUGAUGUAUAUGAGGGCAACGGGAAGGGGAUACACGAGCUCUUCGACACCAGCGCUGACCCCAACUUGCGCGAGUUAGACGGUCGCACGGGGAUGCAUAUCCCCCUGUGUCCUGUGAGGAGCACGCACUGGUCAUACAGCUGCUCCUCGAGCGGGCAGAGUGUUGGCCGUCAAGCCCCUCUCUCUACUAUUGCUCCUCGUGCCAGAUGUUGCUCCGUCCUCUCCCCUGGUUUAUACUCUGAUUGUGAAUCCAUAGGCACCUUUGUGGAGGUUAUGGCAGCAGAUAUGGAUCUUGUGAUGAUAAAUCGUAUGACGGAAUGCAUGCAACCUCAAACUGUGGAAGAUGUGGUCUGUUGGCCUAAAUUUCAGGAGGAGACUGGUGAGGCGGAAUUAGAGCCCGAACUGCACAAGGUUUUGGGACAUCUUUUCGUUGAGGUUAAGUUAUUACUUUUGAUGAAGGACGAAAGCUGAAAAGGAGCUCAUAUUAAUAUCGUUCCAAAUUAAAUUCCUUUGAUGUAUGUGUUGUUUAAAAAAUUGUUAUUCUCAUCAUUGAUAUCAUAUCCAAGUAUGCAUUACUGUCUGUUCCAAGGUGGGACAUGCUUGUGACAGGCUACGUGCCUGCCAAUUCCAGAUAAGUAUUGAUAUCCUAUUCUCAUGUAAUUCCAUGUGCUUCUUUUAUCCCCUUUUAAUAAAGUAUCUGUGUAAUUCGUACAGUCGAAACUAAUAUCACGCUGGAUAGAAUAGCCCUCUCAUGAUGUUCAGUUUUUGCUGAAAAAAAGGCAUCCAUCUAUUCCAUGUGACGGUCUUCCCACCAGAGCUAACAUCAUCUUUUCGACGAUCUUAUAUUUGCCAAGGUGCCUACUACUUCCUACAUGAGUGAGUCACUGCAGGUGUGUGUUCUAAUGAUUACGUUUCAGUUUUGGAGAAUAUAGAAGUCAUGUUUUUUUGC